GGCCGUCAUGUUGGGAGUAGAGUUUUCCCCAUAGAAAUGAAUGGGGAGUCCCCACAAAGAUAUAAUUACAAACCUGUGUGUGUGUGGAGUUUGUAAAGGCAUGCACUUAAACUGAAUAGAUGGACACCUUUCCAAGAGGUCAUGCAUCCUGCUUCUGAACACACUUUCAAGUCAUAUUGCACUCUAUCCAUACACUGUUCCUGCAGCAUCGCCAGGCAUCACCUGAUGUGUUUUAUGGUGGAUGUGAGACACUGCAUGUCUUCAGUGCACUCAAAAAUCAUGUAGAAACAUAAACAGUACACUGUCUCUUUAAGUACCUUUCACAACGCAUAUUUUUGGUGAGGCAGCUUGUUGCAAUUUAUUAAGAAACCACAACAGUUUAUGAGAAAACUGUUAACAGAUGUAUUUUUGUAGCAGUUGUAAAAGGCGGCAUGGUUAUUUUGGGAGCUGUGUUUCAGCGUCUGUUCUUAUUUCAGAUCUGUUCUGAGUUGAAGAACACUGAAUUUCAUGAGGUGUCCCAUGGCAUGAGUGUUCACCUGCAGUCUUUGCUAACGGAAGCGAGUUUCAGGCCUCCCAUUAGAACUGAAUCUUGGAAAACCAACCCAGGAGAACAGCACCUGGGGCCUGUGGAUGGAUGAUGCCGUGGACAGAGAGGGAGAGGGGGUAAGCACCUCACCCCGCCAAGGAGAAUCUUCUGGAGCAGAAGUAAACAACACUUGGGCUGACUUACCUGAACCCAAAAGGUCAAUCACUGAGUCUCACCAUCAAGUAAUUGAUGAGAAAAUUGAUAGUUGUCACUUGUUCAUAACCUGUUUGGACUCAAUCCAGCCAGCAGUGGGCUGUAGUGAGGACGGUAGGAGGCUGGAUCUUAAGGAAGAGGUCAGUGAAGCAGAUGCCUUAAACAUCUCUUUGGCCACAGAAGGUCAGUUGACUUGUGGCAGUCAAGAGGUUGGAUCUCCACAGUUAAGAACAGACCUGAACACUGAAUCGAGGACCAUCGUCUGCUGGCUAAAUGGGAUCAGGGAAGCAGGUGAAGCGUGCAGUCUGGGCGGUGCAGACUCAUGCAAAAAUUCAAAUGAAGUGAUACCUUUAAGCAAAUCUGGAGAAGCUCAGUACCUCAGUUGUGCAGAUGUGCAGAAUAACAUCGAGUCACCAGGAGAAUCAAAUGUCUCUUUCCUUACAGCGGAAGUGGGAGGAGGUGGAACAGACCACAGUUUGGACAGAAAGUCCCGUGACUUUAACACAGCACCAGAGAAGAGUGUUAUCAUGGACAAUGUUAACAGUAAAACGCCAAAGCCCACCAUCUCGGAUUCCUCCAGGGGCCUGGUCAUAAACCCCAAUCAACAGCCUGAGCACAAAGAAGCCCUGAUCCUCAACACUGUAAUAAUACAAAAUUUCCAGCAGGGGGAGCUACAUCACCUGUCUCUACCAAAAGAGAGGCAGGAAGCACAACAGGUGUUCAAAGGGUCUCCACCCUUAGUUACUGUUGCCCAGGAGUCUGCCAAUCAGGAGCCCGGCUGCCAUGUAUCUGCUUCUGUUGUAGUGAGGGAGCUGUUGAGAGGGACGGGGUGGUGGAGGGAGAGAGAGAGGGAGGAGGAGGAAGGUGGACAAACAGGUAGAGGAAAGGAAGAGAAAGAGGCCAGGUUUCACGUGGGCGAGGCAGGAAUAGAGAAGCUGGGGAAUAAAGGCAAGGGAGAAACUAAAGAGACACACAAGUUGGGCCAGCGAGCAAAAUCUGCCUACAGCAGUGACAGAGCAGUCUGGAUGGAGGGGGACAAUGGGGACGAUAACCAGAGUGACAGCGGGGUGUCUGUGGAUUUCUCACCUGGAAGCACCAUGCAGCUUCAUCCAGUCCCUGAUGAUGUCGGCGGGGUUCCUGCUUUUCUAGGCGAAACGCCUAUCGAGAGGGAGAUUCGCCAGGCAGCAGAGCGGGAGCAGAGUCUGCGCCGUGCCCGGGGCCUUUCCAAGACCGAGGAAUUUGUGCAUAUUCCCUUGAGGCGGUCUAUUCUGUCCCAGCCGCUGCCCGCCAAGUUGGGCAGGGUUCAGGGGAAAGACCGGCUGCUUGCCGGCAAGAAGAUGCAGUGGGAGAUCAAGAUGGAGUCAGAGAGGGAGCAGGCUCUGGUCCAGUUGGGCAAGGUGCCAGGCUUCUACGACAAGGGCAGCGUGGGCCAACUGCGAGAGAGGAAGCUGCUGUUCGAGGCUCUGCAGGAGAGCCAGCUGGCAAAGCCGCCCCUGUCAAAGAGGCCUUCGGCCCAAAGAGACAGCGCUUCUACUGCAGGAUCUGACCCUGGGCAUCUGCACAGCACAUUGCACCUCUCAAAGGAGCUGAGUCAGCCUCGUGUAUCAUGUGGCCCUACACUCUCUGAGGGGCCUCAAGGACAGGUCAUCCUUCAGGAGAGUGUUUCCGUGCCUCAGAGCUUCACAGCCGGUCUAGAGAGCCCCCCACGGCCCUCCCACAGCACGGACUGCGUAACUAUAAUCCCCACCGCGACCAACGAGGGAGAAGAGGAAAAUGACCAGGGGGAACCCAACCUGCCCAAGGAGAACCCCUUCUUUAAGCUGCGCUCCUCCAUCUCCCUGAGACCCAAGGUGGAACAAGACAUCCGGGAAACGAGGGAAAGGGAGAGGGAGCUACGGAGGCAGAGGAACAGCUUGUACAGGGGGGAGACUAGCGGGACUGCAAGCGGGCGGCGGGCAAACACAGAGACACGCAUCAGCCCAAAGCCACGUUACAGCCUCCCCUCUACAGACCAGGUCUCCAGGUCCCCCUCACCCACACCGCCAGCCCGACCGGGUAGGAAGCUUGACCUGGUGUGGCCCCCGGCCCCGACAGAUGAGAAGAGAACAGCACAGCUGGAGGAACAGGUGUCCAAAAGCCACAGGACGACACGUCAGAAACAUCCACUGCUGCAGCACUGGGAGUCAGGCCUAGUGAAUGGGAAUGAGACGGAGAGGAACUGAAGGUGGCGCCACUCUAGAGGAGCCCCACAGCAACUGCAGUUUAUUUUUCCCAUAUCUGCAGUUUUAGCGGGCAUCGCAUCCCCUCACCCCAGCCCACCGGGGAUGCUGGAAUGCCGGAACCAGAAAGCCGUUUGGAAGAAUUGGAACAUGAGUAUGCAGCGAGGAGGUCUGAUUUGGGAAAAUUUGAAGACUUGAAAAGUUGAAAGAGUUGAAUGGGAGUGUCUACCCAUAGCAGUGUUUCCGUGAUGAAUCCAGGGCAGUGACUGGCGGAGCUCGCAGGUGGAUUUCACUUGUCUUAGGUUUUUAAAUUCUGAUCCUGUUUCACAGCCCUAGAUAUCAGUCUGGCCUGAGAUCCGAUUCUGUCCCGUUCCCCCAUUCAACCGCCUGUGUAGCUUUCAGUUCAAGCCCCUUUAAUGUAUGUACAGUGGUACCUCAGAACUCGAAAUUAAUCCGUUCAAAACUCCGGAUCGAAUCCUAAAAAGUUCGAGUUCUGAUCGACUUUUCCCCAUAAGAAAUAA